AUGGCAUACUCAGGACACAAUCCUCCCCUGUUUAGCUGGAGGAGAGUUACCAGCUCUGAAACACCUGCACACAAGAUGCAGCUGAAGAAUGAUGACAUUGAUCAAUGGAUGAAGAAAGUGGAGAUGGCUUCUGCAUAUGCCGUGUCUGAAGUUUUAGCUCCGAGAAAACGUUCAAGGACAAAAAGCCAUGCAAUGGCCUUGCAAAGCACCGAUCAGCUACAAGAUCAUGAUGAAGCUUACAGCGAAGCUCAGGCUCUUCUUAGCGAUUGGAUGACCAGUAAAUUGCAUCUGGAGCUGGAGUUGGGGGAAGAAGGUAACCUGAUUGGCUCAAAUGAAAUGAGCAGGCCUGAUGCCAUGGGCGCUGCUCAGCCUGCUGCCCUGGACUUCAGUAACUUUGAUGACCUGUACAAUCACCUGGCUGAAGAAGAGGAGAACAACACGGUCACUACAAUCCUGCAGGACCUGAUGGAGCGAGAGGUGUUGGACUGCAGGGCAGUGAAAGACCUGGCAUUGGACUGGGAACAAACUGUGAAAAAAAUGAAGGACCCCACCAUCACCAUGGACGAACGACACAAACAGGUACGCGAGAACAGAGCGCGACGAGAGGCUGAAAGGCAGAGGCAGCAGAGGGAGAAGGUGGCACAGCGGGAGGCCAAAGAGGAGGCAAACAGGCGGGAGCGACAAGAGGAGGCUAAGAAAAGGCAGGAGGGGCGCAGGCAGGAGGAGAUGGUGCAGCAGGAGAUGGUGAAACUGCGUCGCCAGAUGGCGGAGAGAAGAUGCGUGGAGCAGCUGGUUAGACAGAGGGAGAAGGAGAGGAUGGACAAGCAAGUGGCCAACAGGAGCCUCCAGUCAGCAUCUCUGCUCCCCACAAAACAGCUCCAGGACAAAGAGACCGCACUACAGUUAUACAAAGAACAGGAAGUUCAGGCCAGAAUUUAUAUUCUCAACCUCAAGUGCAUGCAGAGGCAUUUCUCUGGAUGGUAUUCGGUGCUGUUGGAGAAGCGGAUCCGUUUGGGUAAGGCUGCCGCCCUCUGUGAUUGGAGGAGAAAACUGAGGGCAUGGCGAGCCUGGCGAGCGCUGGUGUGGUCAGCGCGAAAACAGCGGGAAACGGAGAGAACGGAGGAGGAGCUACGGGACGACAACAGAGGAUGCCAGCUGGCCACAGAGAGUGACCGGAGGCGAUUGCUACGGCGAUGUUUAAGUGACUGGCAGCUGUGGUGUCGGGUGGAAAGGGAGCAACGGGAGCUUUUGGCACGGAAGGCGGAAACUCGACGCAAGAUGGCCGCCCUAAUCAACUCUGCUUCGACUGGCAAGCUCAAGGCCACAGAAACCAAAGCGUACUCUGCAAUAAUGGCCUCCCCUGAGACACCUGACCAACCUGAGACCACUGACGUGGAGAGAAGCACACUAAAAAAUCCCACUAUCAUCAGCAAAGACGCACAGGCCGGGUUUUAUCUGCUCCCCAUGUUUGAUAAUGCCUCCCUCUCUGGUCUGCUUUCUGUGUCCCUGUUGGAAAAUCACCAAAAGUCAGGUGCUCAAGCCCCCGCCGCCGCCAGCCUGCCGAAUCCGGAUAAAACGUCAGCUGGGGCCGCGGCUAAACUUUUAUCCUGUGCCCGGCCCACCCAGCCGUGGCAGGUAAGCCGACGCCACGCGGGGCUGACAGCAGGUGAGCUUCACCGAGCACAGAGGAGAGCUGCUGAGGGGGAAGAUGGCGGUGGCGCCGGCGGACACAAUGCAUCACGAGCCGGCCGGUUUGAACACCGGCAUGCCGCUCAGCAGCGAACCAUCCAACAGCAGAGGAAACUUCUCAGAGACCAGCAUGAAGGACUGGAGCAGCUGCAGGAGGAACACAGAGCCAUGGGGUUGAAGCUGGAGGUGCAGAGAGCUGUCCAGCGGUCAAACUCUGCUGCCUCGGGGCAAAGGGGCUGCAACCUUGACUCUAAGGGGCAGAGAUCUGUGAGGGAGGGUGGAGACACCAGCAACAGCUAUUCAGCUCCCACAACAGCAGAUGCCCGCAAGCCCUGCCCUCAUCCAAUCAUUACGGCUAUGGAGGAGCGUGCUCGUCAGCGUGCGGAGCGAAGGAGAGAAUUGGAGGAGCUGAAGAGAAAGAAGGAGGAGGAAAAGCUGGCUCACAUGAAAGCUGCUGUGGAAGAGAGGCAGAGGGAGGAGGAGGAGGAGAAACGCCAAGCAGCAGAGAGGAGGAUGGAGGAGAGACGGCAAGCGAGAGAGAGGGAACAGGAAAAGCAGAGGCAGUGUAUGCGGUUGCAGGAGUUGAGGAGACUGGCCCAGCAGCACUACCAUAGGAGCCUGUUACUGAGGCGAGGCUUUGCACCGUGGAAAUGCCUCCUUCACCUCAAACAAACCAACAUGCAGCUGGCUGAGAACCACUGCAAUCUCCAUCUCCUGAGGAGGUUCACACUGGCCUGGCAGCAACAUGCAGGCGAGUCCCUGUCUCACAAACAGGCCUUGGCUGACCAGCUUCACCGUCACGCUCUGCUUUGUAGGGGCAUGGAGAGCUGGAAAAGACUGAGGGACUGGCAGAGGAUCCUGGAAGAGAGAGCAAGGCAUUUCUAUCGCACACACACCCUCAGGAGGUUUCUACUGGCACUCGCAGACCAUGUGAGCAUGGAGAGAUUGGUACAGUGGGACCGCCAGGCACUGGCUCAGGAUUACAGUGACAGACGGGUGCUGCGGAGCUGUCUCCUGGCCUGGCGGCGGUUUCCCCGUCUGCAGCGCGAGGAGCGAGAGAGGGAGGCGAGACGAGAGCGGCUGAGACGGAAAGUUGCCGAGGUUCUGCCCGACUUCUGCCGCUCUCCGCUGGAGAGCCUGAGGGAGCCAUCCUCGCUUUAAAGACACUACACACAUCCGUAGAGCUAGCCUCUCCCUCUCUCCUCUUCUCUCUCUCAUCAAAC